UCACUCUCAUGUUGUUACAAACCUGUAAAAAUUUCGUGGUUCUAAUGAACACAAAGGAAGAUAUUUUGAAAAAUGUUCGUGGACCCCAUUCACUUCCAUAGUAGGAAAAAAGAAUACUAUGGAAGUAAAUGUGUUAUCAUUAAGAUUUCCUACUUUUAGCACUACUUUUGACGACACAACGUCCACUUGCUAUAACCUCCUCCUCACCCAUAGGAAAUCGAUCAAACCCUACACCUUUUGCUGUAUCUGGCAGUGCAACCCCAAACGCAACACGUUUUCACGUUUUUAACUAUUUAACUGUUCCAUUAGCCGGUUGGAUCUCUUCAGUUAGUCAGUAGAAGCCGCUUGCGUUCUGUCAUCUGGAAGUAUAUUGGUGCAUAUUGUUUACAAACAUUCUGAAAUGCUGUAUUAUUUUUUAAUAAACUUAGUUUUUUGUGUCAAUUCACAGGAAUGUGUUGCACAACUCAACUUGAGACACCUGCUGUCUGUCAGUAUGGAUGGCCCAAAUGUCAAUUUCAAGCUGCUGAAGCUCCUUCAGAACGAACAUUCAGAGCUUCAUGGGGAUGCACAACUCAUCAGUGUUGGCAGCUGUGGCUUGCACACCCUCCACAAUGCCAUGAAAGCAGGAUUCACAACAUGGCAGGUAGACAAACUGUUGCGAGCUAUGCACUACCUCUUCCACAAUGUUCCUGCCCGUAGAGAAGAUUACACUGCCACCACAGGAUCUUCUACUUUUCCCCGAUCUUUCUGUGGCCACAGGUGGGUGGAAAAUGUCCCUGUGGCUGAGAGAGCUGUCGACAUUUGGCCCAUGCUUUUAACAUACAUUAAUGCAGUUCAGAAGAAAAAGGUGCCAAACCCCAACACGGCGUCAUAUGAUACCAUAUUGGCUGCGCGGGAUGAUGAUUUAAUAAUUCCAAAGCUCCAGUUCUUCUUGUCAGUUGCACGAAGCUUCAACCCCUUCCUGAUCAAAUAUCAGACCGACGAGCCUGUGCUGCCCUUUUUGGCUAAAGAUCUGAAAGAACUCCUGAUGGCUUUACUGCGACGAUUUGUUAAAAGGGAACUUUUAGAGGACCGAAGCUCACUGCAAAUGAUCACAAUCCAGGUAUCUGAUGAGAAGAACUGGGUCUCUCUUAAAAAUGUGGACAUCGGCCUGGGUGCUGAAUCUGCCAUCAAGGCCCUUCAGAGCAAAUCAGGAGGCAAGAUAGGGGAGCUUUCUGUGCUAACCUUCAGGAAAGAAUGUUUGCAGUGCCUUGUUAAGGUAGUCAGGAAAUUGCAGGACAAAUCCCCCCUAAAGUUUCCUAUGGUUAGGCAAAUUGGAUGCCUUGAUCCCACAAGAAUCCACCAAGAACCGGAGUGGUGCAUCAAGCAAAUGAAGAGUGUAGUGCAGACAUUCCUUCAGGGAAAGAAAUUGACAGGUGGCAUUCCAGCAGGUGAUGUUAUCAUUCAGCAGUUUGUAUCCUUGACCUCAGUGGAAGGACGAGAUGAACGUUUCCUGGCCUUUAAACCAAUGAAGGACCGCCUUGAUGUGUUUCUUUACACAACUCUCAGCACAUCUUACCCUGACUUACUACAGUUUUGCAAGAGUCUCCUCCUUCUAUCCCAUGGCCAAGCCACAGUUGAAAGAGGAUUUUCAAUUAACAAAGAGGUGGAAACAUGCAAUCUCCAGGAUAGAACGCUGGAAUCACUUCGAUUAGUCUGUGACCGGAUCAGCAGUUGUGGGGGCAUUUUAAAAGUGCCUCUGACAAAGGAGCUCCUUGCCUCUGCUUCAUCUGCAAGAUCUCAGUAUAGACUGUACCUGGAGAAUGAAAGAAAAAAGAAGGAGAGUGCCGCACAUGCUCUAAAGAGGAAGGCAGUGGAGGAGGAGCUUUUGGACCUCAGAACCCAGCAUGAGGUACUAAGCCGUGUUUGUGAGUCACUUGAAAAUGAUGCAGGCAAGUUGGCAGAGCAGGCUGAGGGGAAGGCCGGGUCCAAAAUGGCUGAAUUUAUCAUCAAGUCCAACACACUUCGCAGAAGGCAAAAAGAAAAAAAAGAAGAGCUUCGCCAACUGGAGGAAAGAAUUGAAGAGAAGUCUUCACAACGGAGACUUUUGUGACUGUGCCUCUCCCCUCCGUCUUAAUGUCACAAUUUCUCUCAUUCCCUCCCCUUUUUUCUCUCUCUCCCUCUGUAUCUCUCUCAGUCUGCCAGCUAAAGUUAUCUGCUGAUGAAUACAAGUCAAAUUCUUACAACUUCUCUCUUAAAAUUUGUUUUGGGACAUGUUCAAACUGCCAUUCAUCAAUGAAUGAGUCCAGUGUAAGUUAUUGUUACAAGUUACCCCUUGUGAUGUAUUUCUUGUGAUUAAAUAAAUUGUUUGUUGGGAAAUUGCUGUUUUGGGAUAGUAAUUCACUGCUUGUGUGUGUGUGAGAGAG